CACUGGCUUCUUCAGAGGAGUAAUGAACUAAAGAAAAGGGCUUAUUUAGCUCAUUUUUAAAUUAAACUUGAGGUACCAAGUGAGUUUCUUCAAGAUGUAACUGUGGCUGACACCAAUAAACAGUAUGAAGAGUUGAUGGAAGCCUUUAAAGUUUUGCAUAAGGAAUGUGAGCAGCUCAAGACAUCUGGAUUUUCUACAGCAGAAAUAAGGGACAUCAGUGCAAUGGAGGAAGAAAAAGACCAGCUCAUUAAGAGAGUUGAAGGUUUGAAGAAAAGGGUAGAGACAGUUCAGAAUCAUCAACGAAUGCUUAAACUAACAAGGCAACUUCGAGUUGAAAAAGACAGAGAAGAAUUUCUUGCACAACAGAAACAGGAACAAAAGAAUCAGCUGUUUCAUGCACUGCAGAGAUUGCAAAGAGUAGAAAAUCAACUGAAAAGUAUGCACCAUGCUGCAGCAGAUGCAAAGCCUGAAAUCAAUGAAGUAAAUGCAGAGAUCAAUCAGUUGAUUGAAAAGAAAAUGAUGCGAAAUGAGCCAAUUGAAGGCAAGCUCUCAUUCUAUAGGCAACAGGCAGCCAUCAUUUCUCAUAAAAAAGAAGCCAAAGCUGAGGAGCUUCAGGAGGCCAAGGAGAAGUUGGCCAACCUGGAGAGAGAUGUGUCAGCAGAGACGCACCAGACCCAGGAAUUUGACAGCGCAGAGGUUUUAAAGGGAGAAGAGUUCAAAUGCUAUGGCAGCAAACUGGGAAGCAAAAAUACAGUCUUCAAAAAGAAGCAUCAGAUAAUAGCUGAAUUUAAAGCUGAAUUCAACCUGUUACAGAGGACAGAAGAGCUUCUUAAGCAACGUCAGGAAGCUGUUCAACACCAGCUGUGAACUAUAGCAGAGAAAAAGGGUGUAUCAGGUACAGUUAUGCCCAAGAGGAACUAGAAAGAGUGUCGGCCCUGAAGAGUGAAGUGGACGAGAUGAAAGGAUGAACAUUGGAUGAUAUGUCUGAAAUGGUGAAAAAGCUAAAUUCCCUGGUAUCAGAAAAGAAGUCUGCUCUAGCCCCAGUUAUAAAAGAACUACGACAGCUGCAUCAGAAAUGUCAAGAACUAACCCAAGAGUGUGACGAAAAGAAGUCCCAGAAUGAUAUCUGUGCAGCAGGCCUUGAAAGCAAUCAGAAAUUAG